AAUGAAUAAAAGGCAGAAAGAUUCUUACAAUUCGUUUUAGUUGAGUGAUUAGAUUUAAUGAGAUCAAAUAUCUACAAGGGUAAAAAUUCAUACUACUCACCUACUUCCAAACAUCAGCCGAGCCUUUGUACCAGUGCGGCAGAGCAGCUGGACCUGGAGCUGUUAAUCUGGACCUCACAAUGCUUCUCUGUUGCAGAAUGAGAUUAACAAAUCAAGUGACCGGACGUGUAGGAAUAUUUCUUCCCCCUUUUUCUCUAAAACAGUCUCUCUGGGACCUGCCAAGCCACAGCAUCUAUAAUGGACAACAUUUUUAUAUUCACUGGUAGGUAUUAUAUUUGUUUAUUUUCUUUACACGAUUGUGUCAAACUUUAUAAUACAACGUAUGUUUUUGUACAAUUUCUUCCUGGAUUCCAGAUAGGAGGAAACACUGGCGAACAGGUUGAUCGUUGAAAAUUUUCAGCAAGAAAAAAACAAAAACAAAACAAAAUUACCAACCUCAGAGUUGGUUCCUCCAUGUCAGCCACCACUUAAUGAGUAGGUUGGCUGGUGAGCAGCAGCAGCAGCAGCAGCAGCAGCGACGAUGACGGUGACAUACUCCCGCAGGGUUGCUGAUGCAGGGCUGGGAACAUUCUUCCACCUUCUACUGCGAUGGAAAGGCAGCAUUUAUAAACUGCUCUACAGGGAGCUCAUCAUCUUCACCGUGCUUUACUACUUCUUCAGUACUAUUUAUAGGUUCAUAUUAAAGGACGACCAGAAAAGGCUGUUUGAGAAGUUGUCCAUAUAUUGUGACCGUUAUGCUGAGCUCAUCCCUGUGUCCUUUGUACUGGGUUUCUAUGUGACCUUGGUUGUGUCACGCUGGUGGGGCCAGUUUGAAAACGUCCCCUGGCCAGACCGCCUGGCAGCAUUAGUUGGAGGUCAUGUUAGGGGUGCUGAUGAGGCCUCCAGGCUGACCCGACGAACUCUGAUGAGAUACGCCAACCUGUCUGGUAUUCUUAUCUACCGCUCUGUCAGCACAGCUGUCUACAAGAGGUUUCCUACCAUGCAGCAUCUGGUGCAGGCAGGAUUGAUGACUCCUGAGGAGCUGAGGAGCCUGGAGGAUCUGCCUUCUCCACAUAAUAAAUUCUGGGUGCCCUGCAUGUGGUUCGUUAAUCUGGCCAUGCGAGCGCGGUCUGAGGGCCGCAUUAACAAUGACGUGGCACUAACAGCCAUUCUUACAGUAGGAGUUGUAAAAUUCUCUCUCAUAAACCCGUUUCAAAGACAUUUGUUUUGGGUUUUUUUUUUAAAUACAGAUUUAACAGAAUAUCUCUUUUCUUACUUUCAGGAACUGAAUAGUUUACGGUCAAAGUGUAUGAAGCUCUAUGGUUACGACUGGAUCAGCCUGCCUCUCGUCUAUACUCAGGUGGCCACCAUAGCGGUCUACAGUUUUUUCUUGGCUUGUUUGAUUGGCCGUCAGUUCCUGGAUCCGUCUCAAGGUUACCCUGGUCAUGACCUGGACUUCUACCUGCCUGUGUUCACAUUGCUGCAGUUUUUCUUCUACGUCGGGUGGCUCAAGGUAGCCGAGCAGCUCAUAAAUCCUUUCGGAGAAGACGACGAUGAUUUUGAAACCAACUGGCUCGUUGAUCGCAAUUUACAGGUUUGGCUCUUUUUAUUUUUUUCAUGUAUUCUUAUUCCACUGUCCCCUGGCUGUCUUCAACUCUCUGUGUUGUCCCAGGUGUCUUUGUUAUCCGUAGAUGAGAUGUUUGACAGCCUGCCGCUGGUUGAGAGGGACAUGUACUGGAACGAGUCUGAGCCUCAGCCUCCUUACACUGCAGCCAGUGCUGAACAUCGUAAACCCUCCUUCCUGGGCUCAGCCUUAGAUAUCAGUGUCGCUAAAGAGGAGAUGGAGUUCCAAUCUAAUCUGGAGCAGAUCAGAGAACACGAGGAGGCCAAUUACUCCACUCCCCUGCUCGGAGGACUGGGACGUCUUCUUGGUGUCCAGUCCCCUAACUUCUCCCGCUCCUCCCGGGUUUCGUUGCUGCGCCGUCGACCUCGAGCUCCACUUAGUCGCUUUCCUCUUUAUCUGCACACCGAGGUUCCAUCGACCCCUAGUCAGGUUCACCCGCCAUUCAACCAUGAGCGAGAUCCGGACUACGCCUUCUCCAACAUGUCCCUCUAUGAGAGACCGGGUUUCUACAGCUGCCCACAGACACCCAUCCAUUGCGUGCCCCCUUCUGUGCCUCGCCCCAGACCUGCCCGCAGGAGCCAGAAUGAGUGCGAUCGCAGUUGCAGUUCUCUUGCUCCUCCAGUAGUGGGCUCACAGCUGCCCCCCGACACACCUAGCCAAGUACCAGUGCCACCGUCCUCUGCAUUCCCCUGGUUUAGUGAAGAUGGUGAGGUACACGGUGUCCAAGCCUUCUCCUUCCCUGAACUCUGUCCACCUCCUAAAGUCAGACUAGAGCAGGGCGGGUUAUCUCGUCGGCCUCCACCUCCUCGUCUUACUCUCGAGAACCUCCCCUUAUCUGACACUGGACCCGCAAGUGCUCGAGGAAUUGGAGGAGAGCGGGAUUUCUCGUUUUCCUUCACGCCACCAUUCCGCACAGCAAGUGUAAACCAAAGCAAUCCCAACAGCAGCCCCUGCAGUGUUAAUGGAACCAGCACCCACAGCGGCACAACAGGGAGUCUCUGCAAUGGUACAAGUCACACCAACAUCAGUAACCAUGGGAACUUCAGUGCCAACCUGAGGGGGAGCAGCGGAGGCACCAACAGCGGGCUCGGCAACAACAUCAACUCAAUGUGUAGUUCAGGGUCAUCGCAACAGGAAGCAACCCAACACAACUCUCCCAACGAUUCAGGAAUCUCACUGACCGAUGGAGACCUGCUGGGCGUGAUGGUACACGGUGGGGUGAACAAAGCAGUGGGAGGAACGGAACAGAGAAGUGACAACUGACAAGGUGCAUGUAUGGAAGAAAACAUAUUGGAGAACAUGUUUCCUUCCACAACUUAAUGGGAAUCGAGUAUUUCCCCCAUGGUGUGGGAUCAAUAAAGUUCAACCUUAACCUCAAACUGUAUGGUAGUUGGAUGAUUUGCAGCACAGUGAUAGGUUAACGUCUGUCUUCACCGAUCAAACGCAGAUCACCAAGCUGUUUGAUGGACUCAACCUGUUCAUCCAGAUAUUGAGACUCUAUGCUGUUGAAUAUGAAGACAACAUUUUAUAGCCAAUUUUCAGCUGCUGUCUCUUCUUACGGUGAAUGGAACGAGCAACGAUAUAAUUGACCCAUGCCAGUUUCAAUCCUCAUGAGGUGAGGAAUAACUCUAGGAUUAAGAUUUAAACACCACUACAGAGACAUUUUUAUAACCUACACUUGGGUUUUCAAGGAAGUGGAGUAUAAUAAAAAAUUUUGUUUACACCUUUUUAAACGUUAAAACACAUCUAUCAAAACAUCUGAGGUGUUUGUCCAGAAACGCGUUUCAUGUAAUCACAUUGUUGUAGGUUGCUAAGUGGGAACUCAGUGGUUGUUGGGCAGAACACACCACGCCCUUCAUUAAAUGUUUUGUUUUCAACAAUGCCUGUUUAAAGUCAUGACUGUGUUUAACACACUAGCCGUGACAGAAUGCAACAGUAACAUUUGGACAAGACGCUGAAGCAGAAGCAGCAGCAGCAGUGAAAUGUUAAACCUCCUGACACACAUUUUGACAAAAGUUUUUUUUUUAAGGUCGCUGUUUCUGUGUUGGUUCAAAUUCAAAAAUAUAGCCACAUGUUUACACCAGAAAAAUUAGUUAGGCAGACAAAACUGGUAUCAAGUACACCUGGUACUAUUAAUACAUAUUAAUAUGUAUUAAUGGAGAAUAUGUUUAUUGUACUUUUGCAUUAAAAAUCAAAAGAACCUAAGGGGGAUUUCUGU